GUAUGGACUUUAAGGACAUUCGUAUAAAAUAAAACCAAACUGGGAUAAUUAACUUUACUUAAAUAAGUGCUUUUAAAUGAUGUUUUAUUGGUCAUAGUUAAAAAUGUACACAUGAUUUUUUUAUAAAACUUUACUUUGUAUCAUUCAGAAUUAACCGUGCCCAAUAGAUAGUUAUGUGGAAAAUGAAUCAAGUGACAAUAUUUGUAUUAUAUUUUCAAAUGACAUGUUUAUAUUGUGCGCCAAUACAUUUGCUGCCACAUAUACAGCAGUCAAUUCAAUGGCCACAGUUACAGCAACCUUUUAUGCAAGUGCAACAGGAGAUGCAGUAUCCUUUGGCACAAAUGCAUCAAUUAACAGAGCCCCAGGGGAUGCAACAAUUUCAGUGGCCACAAUUGCACCAACCUUCUGUGCAAUUGGAACCAAUGAGACAUAGGCCACCGAUUGUACCAGCUCAGCAAGAGAUGCUGGAGUCUGAACAAUUGGCACUACAACAGCAAAUGAUGGGGCUCCAACAGUGGCAGGUUUUACAAAAUCUCAUCACGAUGCAUUCGCCUGUUCCGAUGGCUAUACCGGCACCGCUGUUAAUCAUUCUACCAAACCCUCAAGAUUUGACCAAAAGACAGGAAUACACAAAAACAAAAAAACAAAAUGAAAACGAACAGAAACACGAAAUCGAUCAUACAACCGCAGAUUCAGACUCUGUCGUUAUCGAAAAGAAUGAUUCUGAUAACGAAGAAAAAGAAAGUCCCGCUCAAGCAAUUUUACUCUUACCUAAAUCGAGAUUUAGUAUAGGUGGUAUUAUAGCGACUAUUCCAUGGCUCCCUAUAGAAGUGAACGUUCCAGAUACCAUAGCCUGGGGCUAUAAUGGAAUUUCUAAUUGGAUAUCCGGUAUCAUUUCUAUUAUAGGCCAACGAUUUCCAAUAAGAAGACCGCAGACAACUGUAGAUUUUGUAAAACCUACAGAUGAAAUAUCAUCACAAAGUAUGAACAUGAAAAUGUUUUUGAAGCAUUUACAGGGGAAAGAAGAGCCGAUGAUGCCAAUUUUGGUAGUGCCUUUGGGUGAGACAUUAUCACCGUUUCAAAUUAUUAACUAAUUUUGAAAGAAGGAAUACUGAUAUAUCAAAUAGAUGUAGGCGCUACAGAUUUAAUUACAAUUAUUUAAUUUAUUUGUUGCUCAGCUAAUUAUAUUUAAUAAACUGUAUCUCAAGCGUGGUUUCUGUGUGUAAAUAUUAAUUAAAACAC